GGCUACCUGCUCCUGUAGAAGGUGCUAGAACAACCAAAGCUGUUGCCUACCUCAUGAUGCAGCACCUAAAGACGGUUCAAGAAAGGAGCCAAGGGAGAGGAGACUGUAAUGGGACAAGAUGCACCCGGACAGCUUGGUUGAACCUUGCAGAAACCAGGAAUAAGGAGAACACCAUCAGCAGGAGGAAUGUUCAACUACCUUCGGAAACGCUUUGCCAGGCACCUCACAGAGCGGAGCCGGCGAAGAGCAAGGCUUGUCUCCAAAGAUGGAAGGUGUAACAUAGAGUUUGGCAAUGUAGAGGAGCAGUCAAGGUUUGUCUUUUUGAUUGACAUAUGGACAACAAUCCUGGAUCUCAAGUGGAGAUACAAAAUGACUAUCUUUAUUUCAGCAUUCUUAGGUAGCUGGUUUCUCUUUGGUCUCCUCUGGUAUGUUGUGGCGUACGUACACCAAGAUCUUCCAGAAUUCAACCCUUCCAUAAAUCAUACCCCUUGCGUUGAGAACAUCAACGGCUUGACUUCAGCUUUCCUGUUCUCCUUAGAGACUCAGGUGACCAUUGGUUAUGGCUUCAGAUGCGUCACAGAGCAGUGCGUCACAGCCAUUUUCCUGCUGAUUUUCCAGUCCAUCCUAGGGGUAAUCAUCAAUUCCUUCAUGUGUGGAGCCAUCUUGGCCAAGAUAUCCAGAUCCAAAAAUCGGGCUAAGACCAUCACCUUCAGCAAGCAUGCUGUCAUCAGCAAGCGUGCUGGCAAGCUGUGCCUCCUCAUCCGUGUGGCAAACCUCAGGAAGAGCCUGCUGAUUGGAAGCCACAUCUAUGGAAAACUGCUCAGGACCACCAUCACCCCUGAAGGAGAAACAAUCAUCCUGGACCAGGUCAACAUAGACUUUGUAGUUGAUGCUGGCAAUGAGAACCUCUUCUUCAUCUCCCCUUUAACUAUUUAUCAUGUCAUAGAUAAGAACAGCCCCUUUUUCCACAUGGCAGCAGAAACGAUUCUGCAGCAGGAUUUUGAACUGGUGGUGUUUCUGGAUGGCACUGUGGAAGCCACUAGUGCUACCUGUCAGGUAAGGACAUCCUACAUACCAGAAGAGGUGCUUUGGGGUUACCGCUUUGCUCCCAUUGUGUCCAAGACCAAAGAAGGGAAAUACAGAGUAGAUUUCCAGAACUUCAGCAAGACAGUGGCUGUGGAGACUCCCCACUGCGCCUUCUGUCUCUACAACGAGAAAGAAACCAAAGCCAAAGAGAGGAAAGGUUACGAUAACUAUGGCUUUGUAAUGUCCGAAGCCAGUGAAACUAGUGACACACAGAUGUAGCUCCGAAUAUUCGUGGGAUUUAACUUUCUCCAUAAGGAAAUCAAUCUGGACAGGCUUAAUAAAUUAGUAAAACAGCAGAAAGCCUUAAAUCAGAGGACCAGCACAGUGAUCUCCAGAAUGCUAUUGAACUAUGCUCUGUAUAUAUUUCAUAGUAUUUAUAUUUUUGUACCUGUGGGACAUUUUGUGAAGCUGCUAAGUUGGAAUGUCCAACUCAUUUAAGUUUCCAGAGGCAUGCGAGUUUGUUAUAAAGCCUGAAGAGACAGGAAAAAAAGGACAUAUUCCAACACAGCUGUUGGAACGAAAGAAUGAGCCAUGAAUAGAAGU